GCCGCUUUACGCACGAACUCACCAAGCUGUUAGCAGUUUAUUGUUGUAAGAAUUGGUUGUUUGUUGCAAGUGAGGAUAUAUUUAAUUAGUUAAUUGUGAAAAUAGGUUGACGAUGUCUACUCGAAAGUAUCAGAGUGGAAGCGAAAAACGAAAGCGAAAGGAGUGUGAAGAACAAAAUAAAAAGUUACCUAAAAUAAGUCAGUACUUUAAUAAUCAAGAUAGUAUACAAGAAGAAUCAACGCGCGACGGAAAGACAGAAAAUGAUGACAUAAGUGGCAAUAUCGCAGGGCCCGAUAACAGUGAAUAUUUAGAUUCAGAGCAACCACAACCAGGUACGAGCAAAUCUUUAAAUGAAUCAUGUUUGGCCAUAGAAAAAUUAAAAUCUUUACCGCAUGUUACUGAUAAAGGUAACUUUAAAGAACUCAAUGAUCAAGUAAAACGGUUUGUGAUCGAAAACGGACACUGUAAACCAAAAGGCCCCUUUUUAAGGGAUAGUAACAAUAGAUCUUUCUUAGAUAAAUAUUAUUACACUGUUUCUAAAUCUGGCGUAAAGUUAGAACGUACAUGGCUGUCCUAUUCUCUAUUGCUUCAAAAAGCAUAUUGUGAACCAGGUUGGUUAUUCGCAAAUAGGGCAUCUUAA